GGAGCCGCCAGCAGAGCCAGCCGCCAGCUGAGCCGCCCGUCGCUCCGAGGACCCUCAGGCAGCCCAGCAGCUUCCGCCAUGUCUGCUCGAGAUAAAGGGAGCCAGGAUCCCCCCAAAGCCAAGGGCAAGACCCUGAGCAGCUUCCUGGGGUCCCUGCCCGGCUUCAGCUCGGCCCGGAACCUGGUGGCCAAUGCGAGGGAGACCCGGCCGGCCGCGGACCCUGUGGGAUCUCCUGCCCCAGAGGCUGCCCAGGCCCAGGCUCAGGCGGCCUCCAACCCAGAGCAGCUGGCCACGGGGACAGAGAAGCUGCUGCGGCCUUCGGAUAAGGGGAUGUCUGGAGCAAAGGAACGGCUGAGCUCUGAGAUGACAAGCACCAGGGAUGCAGUCCCCUCUGGAGUGGCCACCGUGCUGGACGGGGCGAAAGGGCUGGUCCAUGGAGGCCUGGAGGCGACCCGGGUGGCACUCGCCGGGACCAAGGAGGCCGUGUCCAGUGGGCUCACCGGGGCGAUGGGCAUGGCCAAGGGGGUGGUCCAGGGGGGUCUGGACACCUCAAAAUCUGCCCUCAAAGGCACCAAGGAUGCGGUGACCACUGGAGCCAUGGGUGCAGCGAACGUGGCCAAAGGGGCCAUCCAGACUGGCCUGGACACGACGAAGACGGUCCUCACAGGAACUAAAGAUGCAGUGACCACUGGAGCCAUGGGUGCAGCGAAUGUGGCCAAAGGGGCUGUCCAGACCGGCCUGGACACGACGAAGACGGUCCUCACGGGAACUAAAGAUGCAGUGACCACUGGAGUCAUGGGUGCAGCAAACAUGGCGAAAGGGGCCGUCCACACUGGCCUGGACACAACGAAGACGGUCCUCACGGGAACUAAAGACACAGUGACCACUGGAGCCAUGGGUGCAGUGAACGUGGCCAAAGGAGCUGUCCAGACCGGCCUGGACACGACAAAGACAGUCCUCACGGGAACUAAAGAUGCAGUGACCACUGGAGCCAUGGGUGCAGCGAACGUGGCCAAAGGGGCUGUCCAGACCGGCCUGGACACGACGAAGACGGUCCUCAUGGGAACUAAAGAUGCAGUGACCACUGGGGUCACUGGUGCAGCGAACGUGGCCAAAGGGGCCGUCCAGACCGGCCUGGACACGACGAAGACGGUCCUCACGGGAACUAAAGACACAGUGACCACUGGAGCCAUGGGUGCAGCAAACAUGGCGAAAGGGGCCGUCCACACUGGCCUGGACACAACGAAGACAGUCCUCACGGGAACUAAAGACACAGUGACCACUGGGGUCACUGGUGCAGUGAACGUGGCCAAAGGAGCCGUCCAGACCGGCCUGGACACGACGAAGACGGUCCUCACGGGAACUAAAGACACAGUGACCACUGGAGCCAUGGGUGCAGCGAACAUGGCCAAAGGGGCCGUCCAGACUGGCCUGGAUACAACAAAGACGGUCCUCACGGGAACUAAAGACGCAGUGACCACUGGAGCGAUUGGUGCAGCAAACGUGGCCAAAGGGGCUGUCCAGACCGGCCUGGACACGACGAAGAUGGUCCUCAAGGGAACUAAAGACACAGUGACCACUGGAGCCCUGGGUGCAGCGAACGUGGCCAAAGGGGCCGUCCAGACCGGUCUGGACACGACGAAGACGGUCCUCAUGGGAACUAAAGAUGCAGUGACCACUGGGGUCACUGGUGCAGUGAACGUGGCCAAAGGGGCUGUCCAGACUGGCCUGGACACAACAAAGACGGUCCUCACAGGAACUAAAGAUGCAGUGACCACUGGAGCCAUGGGUGCAGCGAACAUGGCCAAAGGGGCCGUCCAGACCGGCCUGGACACGACGAAGAUGGUCCUCAUGGGAACUAAAGAUGCAGUGACCACUGGGGUCACUGGUGCAGCGAACGUGGCCAAAGGGGCCGUCCAGACCGGCCUGGACACGACGAAGACGGUCCUCACGGGAACUAAAGACACAGUGACCACUGGAGCCAUGGGUGCAGCGAACGUGGCCAAAGGGGCCGUCCAGACCGGCCUGGACACGACGAAGACGGUCCUCACGGGAACUAAAGACACAGUGACCACUGGAGCCAUGGGUGCAGCGAACAUGGCCAAAGGGGCUGUCCAGACCGGCGUGGACACGACGAAGACGGUCCUCAUGGGAACUAAAGACGCAGUGACCACUGGAGCCAUGGGUGCAGCAAACAUGGCGAAAGGGGCCGUCCACACUGGCCUGGACACAACGAAGACGGUCCUCACGGGAACUAAAGACACAGUGACCACUGGGGUCACUGGUGCAGUGAACGUGGCCAAAGGAGCCGUCCAGACCGGCCUGGACACGACGAAGACGGUCCUCACGGGAACUAAAGACACAGUGACCACUGGAGCCAUGGGUGCAGCGAACGUGGCCAAAGGGGCCGUCCAGACUGGCCUGGACACAACAAAGACAGUCCUCACAGGAACUAAAGAUGCAGUAACCACUGGAGCCAUGGGUGCAGCAAACAUGGCCAAAGGGGCUGUGCAGACCGGCCUGGACACGACAAAGAUGGUCCUCACGGGAACUAAAGGUGCAGUGAUCACUGGAGCCAUGGGUGCAGCAAACAUGGCCAAAGGGGCCGCCCAGACAGGCCUGGACACGACGAAAACUGUCCUCACAGGAACUAAAGAUGCAGUGACUACUGGAGCCAUGGGUGCAGCGAACGUGGCCAAAGGGGCUGUCCAGACCGGCCUGGAGACGACAAAGACGGUCCUCACGGGAACUAAAGAUGUAGUGUCCACUGGGGUCACUGGUGCAGCGAACGUGGCCAAAGGAGCUGCCAAGACUGGCCUGGACACGACAAAGAUGGUCCUUGCGGGCACAAAAGACGCAGUGACCACUGGAGCGAUGGGUGCAGUGAACACGGCAAAAGGUGCCGUCCAGACCGGCCUAGACACGACAAAGACGGUCCUCACGGGAACUAAAGACGCAGUGUCCACUGGGGUCACCGAUGCAGCGAACAUGGCCAAAGGAGCAGUCCAGACUGGCCUGGACACAACGAAGACUGUCCUCAUGGGAACGAAAGACACAGUGACCACUGGGGUCACUGGUGCAGUGAACGUGGCCAAAGGGGCUGCCAAGACCGGCCUGGACACGACGAAGAUGGUCCUCACGGGAAUGAAAGAUGCAGUGUCCACAGGAGCCCUGGGUGCAGGAAACAUGGCAAAAGGGGCCAUCCAGACCGGCCUGGACAUGACGAAGACGGUCCUCACAGGCUCCAAGGAGGCAGUGUCCACAGGGGCCGCUGGGGCAGGCCACCUUGCUGCUAGCACUGCCCACACCUUGCAGAAUCUGAUCCCCAAUUCCCAGGGCUCUGCCUGGGACAAAGGUGACGACCCAGCCGUCUCCCUGAGCUCCAGCCAAGCUCUGUCCUGGGGGGUCUCCAGCACCCCAGACCCCCUUCUCGCGGGCUCGGAGGCCGCCCUGGAGGCCCUGUCCAGCACCAUAGGCCUUGUCACUGACAGGGCAGCGUUUCCCCAAGGGGCUGCCCCAGGCCAGGAUCCCGGAGCCACCGCCUUUGGCCUCACUGUCCCACCGAGCGAGCUGGAGGAGCUGGGCGAGAUCUUCCAACCCUUGAGUGCCAAGGAGCAAGCUCAGCUGGCCGCCUCUGAGCCCGGACCCAAGGUGCUCUCUGCCGACGGGGGCAGCUACUUCGUGCGUUUGGGGGACCUGGCCCCCUGCUUCCGCCAGCGGGCUUUUGAGCACGCCCUGAGUCACCUACAGGACAGCCAGUUCCAGGCUAGGGACGUGCUGGCCCAGCUCCAGGACACCUUCAAGCUGAUCGAAAAGGCCCAGAAGGUUCCAGAAGGGCAGAUGUGGCCAAGCCAGGGUCCCGAGGCCAGAGAGGAGGACGCUGCUGGCCGAGAGGUGGGGGACCCCAGCUCUCUGGCCAGGCUCUGUGAUCUCAUCCGGCGGCUCCAUGUGGCCUGCAGUGGCCUGGCCGCCGGGCUUCAGGGCCUUCCCCCCGAGCUCCAGCAGCAGGUGGCGGGGGCCCGACAUGGCGUCUGUGAGCUGUACAGCGUCGCCUCCUCGGCCCAGACCCUCGGGGAGCUGCCCGCCGAGAGCCUGGCCCGGAGCUGUGAGGGCGUGAGCCAGGCGUGGCAGGGGCUGGAGCGGCAGCUGGAGACGGUGCAGCACAGCCGCCCGCUCAGCUGGCUGGUGGGGCCCUUUGCCCUGCACCCACCCGGGCAGCUGCUGUAGGGCCUGUGCCCAGUGGUCUCCGCCGAGCCCCGCAGGCCCCAGACCCGGCUCCGAUUCCCCUGAGCCACAGCUAGCCAAGUGAGGACACGGGCACCGAGGGGGGGGCUCUCCUGCGUGCGGCCCGCUCAGCUCCUGCUCUGGGCCUGCCUGCGUCUUCUGCCCUCUCUCCCUCCAGCCCUGCAGGCUGGUCUCACAUUCUAGGGGUUGGGGGCUUGAAGCGGGGGUCUCAGGCAGUGACCAUCGGCCUUCUUCCCUUGGAGACCUUCGGGCAGCCCUCCAAUUCGGGAAGGGGAGGCAGCAAGGGGCAUUGCCCAGCAGGGUCUCCAUUCUGCCCCCACACCCUUUAACAUUAGGGCUCUUCCUGCCCCCCAGCCUGGGCACACUCCGGCCACGCUCUGGUAACACAUACCCCCAGCCCUCGGUCAACGCUUUGCGAGUCUUGAGCACCAUGUUCCCGUGUGCCAGGGAGUAGAAUAUCGGCCCCAGCCCGAGGCGGGCUCUCGCUGCUGCCUCUGACCCAGAGAGAAGUGGAUGCAGGAGGACAAGGAUGCCAUGACCGCAGUGGCUGUCACGUCGGGCUCUGCGCUAGCCUAAGGGCAAAGCAGGCCCCUUCCUCUCCCACCCACUCGACCACCCAGGCCCACCCCAGCCCACCCUGCCCCAUCAACUGACACACGAGACCUGAUGCCCGGCGGUCCCCUUGGCAGCUGGGGCCCCGAAGAUGCUGACAGUGAAAAAGAGUGUCCCCAUUGGGGACGGAUCACUUGGAGAAGCUGGGGACAGGCGUGCCGGGCACACCUGGCAAUCUUGGCCAGAGGGUUAGAGCCCAAGACGGGGGCUGUGGUGGCGGCUGACGGGGUGGGGGGCAGAGAGGCCGAGGCUGGCAGCCAGCUGGGACCCCACCGGCCUCACAAGCCCGCUUCUCCCUGCUUCCCUGUGCCCCCCGAGACACGCGUCCGAGCUGUUAGCAUGUGAGGAGCCCCCUCCCUGGCCCUCCCGCCUGGCUCCCCGGAGGAGCUGCUGUGCCAAACACCUGGGCCUGCCUCGAGAGGAUCCACAUCACCUCCGACCCCCCCCGCACCUUGUCCCGUCCCGAGGAGGGUCUGCAGCUUCCCCACACGGCGCCCUCUCCCCUGGUGGGGAGAUGCAGGAGGGACGGGCCAGCUCUCCCCACAGGGGCUGCUAUGGCUACCACGAGCGCAUCAGCUUCGGCCCACACUGGGGGAGCUGGUACAACACGCGGCCAGCCCCCCGGCGGGGAGAAGUCAGGCCCCUUCCUGCGCCCUCCAUUGUCUCCCUCUGAGGCCAUGAGCCUGGAAACAUGGCCAUUUGUGGGAGCCGAGCCCAGAGCCUCGGCCUCAGGGCUGCUUGACGUGAGUGAGGGUCUCGGGAGACCCCUGCCCGCCGUGGCCUCCUCCCCAGCUGAGACGGCAGGAGCCUGUCCACGGUGGGCGGGGGACGGUCACAGCCAAUCGAGCGGCGACGAGGCCAGCAGCUCCAUCCGGGGGACGCCCCGCUCCACUGAUGAGGACACGGAGGCCCGGAGACCAGGCCGCCUGGCUGGGAUGUGCUCACGCUUCUGAACACGGAGGCGACAGACAACGGCACCCUCUCCCCGGCCUGGAUGCCCCGAGCUGGCGGCAGGGUCCCUGGGACUGGCCCCGGGGGCCCCAGAGCCACCCGUGGCCCGGGUGGGAAGUGGAAACGGCCACGUCAGUGACGGAGCACCCCUGGCUGGGCUGGCGUGGGUCGGACCACCACAAGGUUUAGGGGCUUUUCUUUCUCCUUUCCCACCGGGAAGGCCGUGCCCCCAGCCCUGGUCUCCUUCCCCACAGCCCAGCAGGGUGGGGCUGCGCCGGGAGACGACAGAGCAGAACCCUGGCCACUGCUAACAGACACCCCCGGGCUUGUCCCCUCGUCCCCAAACGGGCCCCUGGGAAGCCACAACUGUCCCCCACUCCGGACCCCAAAGGCACCGUCACACUAGAACAGCCAAGCCAAUAAAAGCAAUUUUUUUUCAUU